CCUCCCCCACGGGCCGCCCCCGCCUCCUCCUCCUCCUCCUCCUCCUCCUCGCUCCCCGCCGUGCCCGCGGGAGCCGCCGCCGCCAUGAACGGCAAAGGGCCGUUCCCAGCCCAGCCCCUGUUCCCGGCCCCCCCCGGGUACCCCCCGGCUCUGCCUCUGCUGCAGCCGCCCCCCUGCCCUGAGCCCGCCUACCCCGAGCUCUACCGCCUCAGCUUCGUCCCCCUGGGCGCUGCUGGUGUCCCCCCCGUGUCCCCAGCGUGCCCAGGUGCGUCCCUGUACCUGCCCCUGGCCCCGCCCCUGCCCCUGGGCUCCCCCGUGGCCUUCCUGCCCCUGGGCCAGGUGUACCCGGCAGGACCCGCCCUGCUGCUGGAGGGGGGCGUGGGCAGCGCGGCCAGGCUGGGCACAGGUGGCACCGCCGGCGUCCAGCCGCCGCCCGCCGGGUGCCCCCCGGUUGCCGCCCCGGUGCCGGUGCCGCCCGGAGCCGCCGUCCUGCUGCCCCCGCGCAAGGGGCGCGUCCCGGGGGGAAACGGGGGCGGCUUCGGCCUCUGGUGAGGGGGGGCCGGGGCUGGGGUCCCCCCCGUCAGCCCCUCCCCCCCGGUACCUGCCUGGGGACCCCAAAGGUGGGACGGCCCCCCCCCCCCCCACAGGUGACACAAGGGGGUGACAGCGGGGAGGGGUUUGGUCACUUGGGGGGUUCAUUCACAAAUAGGGGCGAGCUCAGCCCCGCCCUUUACUCAUUUAUAUGCAGCUCUAAUUAAUGAAUGGCCUAAUUAAGCCUUGGGGAAGGGUUUCCUCUUCUGCCACCCACAUCCCUCUGCUGGAGCCAUCCGGGGUUUUCUUCUUUUUGGGAAAGGUGGGUUUUGGGUAGGAAACAAAAAAAAAUCUCCUCCCCAGAGGCAAAAAAUCUCCCCAGAAGCAAAAUCUCCUCCCCAGAGGCAAAAUUCCCUUCCCAGAAGCAAAAUCGCUUUCCCAGAGCCAAAAAUCUCAUCCUCAGAGGCAAAAUUCCUUUCCCACAGGCAAAAUUCCCUCCCCAGAGGCAAAAAUCUUCCCCAGAGGCAAAAAUCUUCCCCCUACAGGGAAAAUCUCCUCCUUAGAGGCAAAAUUCCUUUUCCAGAGGCAAAACCUGAGCCCCUCCUGGCCUCCCCCGAGGUUUCCCCCUCACCCUCUCCCACCUUUUCCUCCAGGAACUCUGUCCUGGGGUUUUUUUGAACCCCCUCCCAGUAAUUUUGGAUUUUUUGCACUUCAGCUCCAAUCAAAGCCAUGAGCGGUGCCAGGGCCGCGCUGCCGCUCCCGUGGGAUCCUCCCCCUUCCAGCUAGAGCCGGGUUUAAUUAAUGCUUCAUUAGCAAACGCUUGGGUUUAACUCGAACCUGGUCUUUUAUCACCCGAAUUCCUUAAAUCCGAGAGGCUGUUUGCAUCUGUGCCGGGGUGGGAACUGUCAGGGAGCGCCCAAAUCCCUUGGGUUCCCUCUUUAGGGUCGGGAUGAUUUGGGGGUUAUCAAUGGGAUUAUCAAAGAAGUGUAAAUUGGUGGUUUAUGGAGGAAUUUUUUGUGAAUGGGAUGUUUGUAGAUGGAUUUUUAUGAAUGGGGUCGUUGUAAAUGGAUUUUUAUGAAUGGGGUGAUUGUAGGUGGGUUUUAUGAAUGGGGUAUUUGUGAAUGGGUUUAUCGAUGGGUUUAUCAAUGCAUUGAUAACCAAACCUCCACAAGCUUGGGAGGGACACUUCAGGGAUCCUCGGUCGGAUGUUGUUCUUCCUUUUGAUUGUUACUUGAUGAAGAAAGAGCUCAGAUUCGAUUUUAUUUUAUCUUAAAUAUUUCACUUUAAUCUGAAUCUGUGUUCUGUGUGUGUGUGACCAUCCCUGACUGUUCCCGAGCUCGGCUCUCGGACUCUCUGUGCUGCACUGAACUUGUGGAUUUUUAUACUAAAAACCAAAAAUAAAGAUUAUUUUGAAAAUUUAAA